ACUGACACACACACGCUUUAAAACUCCCACCCUUAAAAGAGUGGUACUGUUCUUUGUUUCCUAGUAUUCACUAUUCUGUAAUCAAUAGGAAUAUCGAUCACCGGAAAACCAGCAAAAUGACCGUGGAAGUUUGUGUGAAGGCUGCCGUUGGUGCUCCUGAUGUCCUUGGAGAUUGCCCUUUCAGCCAAAGGGUUCUUCUAACUCUGGAGGAGAAGAACAUUCCCUACCAGAUGCACUUGAUCAACGUCAAUGACAAGCCUCAAUGGUUCUUGGAGGCAAACCCAGAAGGGAAGGUUCCCGUACUUAAAUCCGACGACAAAUGGAUCUCCGAUUCCGAUGUCAUCACCCAGAUUAUCGAGGAGAAAUUUCCCGACCCUCCUCUCACUACUCCCCCUGAAUAUGCCUCCGUGGUAUCCAAAAUAUUCCCGUCUUUUGUCAAGUUCUUAAAGAGCAACGAUCCCAAUGAUGGCUCUGAGCAGGAAUUGUUGGAUGCACUGCGCUCAUUGGAUGACCAUCUCAAAGCACAUGGCCCGUACGUUAAUGGAGAAAAGGUUUCAGCUGUUGAUUUGAGCCUGGCUCCCAAACUCUACCAUCUUGAAGUUGCUCUUGGCCAUUAUAAAAGCUGGGCCAUCCCAGAUGAUUUGUCCACUGUCAAAACUUACAUGGAGUCACUUUUCUCUCGGGAGUCGUUCAUUAAGACCAAGGCUGCAAAGGAAUAUGUAAUUGCAGGAUGGGCGUCCAAGGUUAAUGCAUGAACAACAUUGAACAGUCUAUGUCUUUAUUUGAAUUUGCAUGCAAUAUUGGAUGGUACGUACUAAGUAGUGGUAUUAUGUGUUGUUGCUUUUAUGGCAAAUGGAACCAGAAAAGGGUCAUUUGGUGCUUCUUGGACCUGUCAUGGGGUUGUGUUUAUGAACCUAUUUGCUAUCACUUGAUAUAUAUGCUAGCAAUUAAGCAAUAAAUUGUCUAUCAUCUUCUUCUUCUUCCA